GAAUUCUAAAGCAUUCUUCCCUUCACUCCCUGUUCGUUCAUCUCGCUACUGCUAUUACACUUGCUUGGUUGCCACCCUAGAAAAACGACGUGUUCCUAGUUAUGUUUUGCACGUGGGGUGUUCGAUGAAAUGCUUAGCUGAAAAUUUAGGUGUUAGACGUCUUGGAUUUAACACUUAAAUGGUUUCUCCAUAACUUGUUUGCAGCUUUCUUUGGGAAAUUUUGGUGUUGAGAGGAAAGCUUAACUUAUCUGAAGACUAUCUAUGGAGGGGGAAGAGGAUUCGGUGAAGAAGGAGAGGGUGGUAGAGGCAAGAGCAAGAAAUAUCAGCCACAAUGUCAGGUGUACAGAGUGUGGCAGCCAGUCCAUUGAAGACUCUCAAGCUGACGUUGCCAUUCUCCUCAGGAAGCUAAUUCGGGAUGAAAUUCGAGAUGGGAAGUCUGACAAGGAGAUCUACAGAAAGCUUGAGGAUGAUUUUGGUGAGACAGUACUUUAUGCCCCCAAAUUUGAUAUGCAGACGGCUGCUUUAUGGCUCUCUCCGCUACUAGUUGCUGGGGCUGCUGGAGGCAUGUGGGCUUACAAGAAGCACAG